AUGAUUGAAAUUGAUGAUAUAAAUUUUGACCCAGAAUAUUACUAUUUUUAUGGAGUAUGGUCUAAAUAUAAUCCCUUAAGCCCAAUAUCUUAAGUUGGUAAUAUUGGGAUAUUUAAUAGUAAUUGCUUUAAUAUUCACAACGUUAUAAACUAAGCUAGUUUAAGUGUAUCUCUUUUAUAUUAUGAUUGUCUUGAUUAUAAUUUUAGGUAAAUUACAAAAACGAUAAUAAUUUCUGAUAAUGAAAAAAAUCAUCAAAAGUUUGAAUUAUUUAUUGAUCCCUUAUAAUAUGAGAACGUUUGGUAUUUCUUUUAAAUCUUAGGAUGGCCUUAAAAAAGAAAAAUAGAAUUGAUUAUUUUGUAAUUUGAUAAAGAACUGCUUCAUUAGAUUAUUUAAAUAAAGUUUCCAUAAAAAUAAAUUAUUUCAUAAUUUAGUUUUGGAGGUGAUUUUAUUGUAAAAGAUUCAAUUAUUAUUUCAUUAACAGAGUAAAAAUUAUUAUCUUACUUUCCAGGCAAACUUGUUUUAUAAAAAUUCACGAUAAUAAAUUAAAUUAAUUAUAAUAAUUUAACUUAAUUAGCAAUAUAAAAUUUUGAUCCAUAUAAAAAUUGCUAAUGUAAAGAAAAUUUAAACUAAUAAAUAUCUGAUACAGAUAUAAAAUGGUUGGAUUAGAAAACAUAUACAUCAGAAAAUAUGAUUUGCAACUCAUUUACAUUGUAAGGAUGGUUAAAGAUUUUCGGAAUUGUUUAAUCUUCUGAAGAGUUCAAUUAUUAUUUUAUGAAAUUAUCCGCAAAUUUUGAUAAUUCUUUAUCCAAUUAGAAUGUUUCACCUUUUUAAUUUGGCUAUAAAAUUACACCUAAUUCAAAUUAUUUAAUUUUUACUACAUAUAAAUACACAUUUCCAUAAGUUACGAUUGAUUUUACAGAGAAUCCAUUUUUAAUUUAAGAAACGAUAGAAAUACAAAAUAAUAUAUCACUUUGGCAUAAUUUGUACAUAAAACAAUUUGAAAAUCAAAUACAAAUUAAUAUUAAGUUUUUCUAAGAAUCAAAUAUAUUUGAUUAUUAAAAAGUAAUAGAAGUGAGAUAAUUUCAUUGUUCUUAAUUAAAAUUGCAAUAUGGAAAUUAUUUAUAAUAGCUUAAAAACUAUCUUAAUAUUUAGAUAAGAAAUUUUGUGUUUCUAAAUUGCAAUGAAUAAUUUAAAUAAAUAACUUGUCAUUCAAGCUGUUAGGAAUGUGAUGGUCCAACAAAUACAGAUUGUUUAUCAUGCUCUAAAGAAUCAAAAAGAAUUUAUUAUCCUUAAUUUAAAACCUGUUUAUGUCCAUUUAAUACUACAGAUGAAUUGAAUUGUUAAUCAUAUGAAGAUUCAAACCUAAAUUUAAUAAAAGAUUUUAUACAAAUUAAUUGUUAAUAUGGAUAUUUUGAAUUAGAAGGUGAAUGCUUAAAAUGGUAAAUAAUAUCAUUAACUUUUAUUUAGUCCUUCUGUUUAACAUAGUAAUGUUAUUAGUUGUUUAGAAUGUUUAUAAAAUCCAAAAAAUUGGAGUAAAAAACCAUAUUGUUAUUCAGAUAUUUUUUUAAGUUCAGAUGGUUCAACUUAAGAAGAAAUUAGUUAAUAUCCUUUAUACUUUCUUUUUACUGGAUUAGAAGUUUAGAUUUGUUAAAAUUGUCGAGAAACAAAUUUAUUGAGUAUUUAAGAAUAGUAUUUAGAUUUUUAGAUAAAUUCUUUAAUAUUUAAAUAAUUUUGUAAAUCAUAUGAUUACCUUAAGUGUUAUGAAUGUUCAAUUGCAUUCUGCAUUUUGUGUGAAAUUACUUUAGAAGGACGAAAAUGUGUUAUCUGUUUAAGUAAUUAUAAAUUAGUUGGUGGAUAAUGUACAUAUAAUUUAAUUUUUCCUGAGACUUAAUUUUGUCUUUCUCCAUAUUAUCAGACAUCGAAUAAGAUUUGUAAAUUAUGUCCUUUAAGUAAUUGUAAAUAUUGUUUUGAAUAUUCAAUGAGUGAUUUAAGCAAGUCUACUUUAUAUCAUAACUUUUAGAAAUUUGAUUAGAAUGAAUACAUACGGAUAGGUUGCUCUUUAUGUUAAGAAGGUUACAUAUUUAAUUUCAAUAUUGGAAUAUGCGAAUUUGCAAAACCAAAAAUAUAAAAUUGUUUAAGAUCAUUUAUUAAUUUUAACAAUUAAGAAAUUUGCACACUUUCUUCUCUUGAUUUUAAUAUUGCUCCAGAGAUAAUCAAUUGUUAGAAAUACAAACCAAACUGUAUAUAAUGUGUUUUAUCUCCUGAAUCUAUUAUUAAAUGUAUUGUAUGUGAGAUAGGAUAUGCAAGUUCAAUUAUAAAUGGAGAUUGUUAUUAAUACUCAUCUGAAGCAGCAUAGAUUAUUAUUGAUGGAGAUUGGACAAAAGGAGAUGGAUGGGUUUAAAGAAUUCAAAGUUUUAUGAUGUAAUUUCUUCCUAAUAAAUAUUUUUAUCCUCAAUCUUAAUUUAAUUCUUAUAUAUCAGCCAUGAUUAUUGAAUGUAAUUAAGGUUAUUAACUAUCCGUUACUAGCUAAACUUGUCAAAAGUAUUGUUCAUCUAAAUGUCUAAGAUGUGAGGAAAUUUAAUACAAUUUUAGAUGUACGAAAUGUCCAUUAAAUUAUUAUUAAUAACCUAUUAGAGAUUAAUAAAAUGGUCAAUGUUCUGAAUGUGCUUAAUUAUGUUAAAUUUGUAAGGCUCGUUCCAUAGAUGAAAUUUAUGUAAUUUAUAAUUUAUUCUUAGAAAAUAUAACCUUCAUUUAUUAUGACUGAAGAUAAUUAAAUUUACACUAAAAAUUGUAUUCAAUCUUUAUCUCAUUCUAAUAUUGUACUAGAUUCUUAUUAUAAUAUUGCUAGAUAUUGUUUUAAAGGAGAUUGUUCUUACAAAGCCUAGUUUGAAGUUUUAUUUAGUAUUUGCGAAAUUACUAGAUCAUUCUGGCCUUUUGGCUAUGAAUUUUAAAUUAAUACUAAUUAUUGUAAUUAAAUGGGAAUCGAUACAUUUAUAAUUAAUUUUAACUUUUCAAUUAAUGAGGAAUAUUGUGGACUCUUACAUGUUUUAAAUGUUGACACUGAAUUAAAAAAAAAAAUAUUUUCUUUGAGAAAAACUAUAUUUAAAUUAAGCUCACCUAAAAAAUUAGCUAUUCAAACAAAUUUUCCUAUUUACAUUAAAAAUUUUGAUUCUAUUGAAAUUAUUAAUGUUGCUUUAAUUUUUCCAAAUAGUCAGUUUUUCUCAAUUAAUAAUAAUGGAUCUUAAGUUGAACUUAAACUAAUUAAUUUUACCUUUUUAAAUAGUAAUAUUUCAAAUAUUGAUUCUUUAUUUGAAACUUAAUAAUUUAGUACCUUAAAUCUUUUUAAUGUUUCUAUAUUGAAUACUAAAUUUGUAAAUUCGUCAUUAUUUAGCUUAAAAUAGUAGGCUUUUAAAUUAACUAUUAAAUUGAUUACAUUUAAUAUUUUCAAUUGCACAUUUAUUGAUACUAAUUUAAUUCAAUUAACAAACAAUUUUAUUAUGCUGAUAGAAAAUUUACAUAUAAAAAAUUGCCAAUUGAUUAGCUCUUCAAUUUUUAGAUUUCAUGCUAAUACUCUUGAUAUCAAUAAUUUAUUAUUGAGAAAUUCAUAACUAGAAUAAAAUACUUUUAUUUAAUCAUAUUUUUUAAAUAGUACAAAUAAUGUAGGUAUGGAUAUCAUUAAUUUUAUUUUCAAAGAAAAUUAUCUCUCAAAAAGCGUUUCAAUAGCCUUUAAUUCAAAUUUAACAUUAGAAAUUCUUUAUGUCAUUUCCAACAAUUUUGAAAAUUCAUCUUUCUUAUCUACACUAUUAAUUUUGACAAAAGAAAGAAUUGUUUUGAAAUUUGCAAUUAUAGAAUUAAACUUUAAUAAAAUGAGAGAUGCAGAAUUACUCAAUAUAUUUUCAAACUAAUAAAUCAAUAAUUUAAUCUUAUCCAUUACUAAUCUUCAAUUAUAUGGAAAUUAAACUACAACUGAUAAUAAUCGCUACUUGUUCAAUAUUUAAUGUUUAUUAUUUACUUUAUCAGAUGUUAUUAUAUCUAAUGUGAAUGAUCCCCUUAUUUUUUAUAUCUUUGAUAACUAUGAGAUAAAUAUUUAAAAGUUAUCAAUUAUAAAUUCAUAAGUUAAUUAAAAAAUCCCAUUAUCAAACAUAUGCGAAUAAUAAUUUAAAAAACACAAUAAUCUUUUUUUGAUUGAAGGAUUCUUCUUAAUUACUUUACAAUAAAUAUUAAUCCAACAUUAAUCUAGUAUAGAUAAAUCGAUAAUCGGAAUAAGAUCAAAUAAAAAUUAUUUAAGAGAUUUAGAAGGAACAAUAAGAAUUGAGAAAUUAGAAUUUAAAGGUAAUAUUCUCUUAUAAUAACUUUUAUCAUAAUUUUUUUCCCUUUUAGCCAUUGAAUCAUAAGGAACUACAAAUAUAAUAAUUAACACUAUAAGAUAUACUUCAAAUUGUCUUCAUUCAUACACUAAUAAUCCAUUUUAAUCAUUUGCUGGCUUAUUGUAUAUAAAUUGUAAAAAUGGUUUUGUCAAAAUAAAUGAUAUGAAUUGUAAAUAAAAUGCAGCUACAAAUACAUCUAAUUCUUUUUUAUUCAUUUUUUCAAAUACAAUUCUAUUUUAAAAUUUGAAUGUUUCAAACAAUAAUAUUUUGCCUUAAUCAUUCUGGCAUGAAUACUAUAAUUUAGAAUUCGAAGAAUUAUAUUCUUAAGAAUAAAUAAAUUAAAUUGUUUAAUCUAUAUUACAUAUUGAAAAUAUAGGAGGAGCUGGGGUAAUAAGAUCUUAGAAUUUUACUUGUAAUGUUUGCAUCUUUGAAAAUAUUCUAGUUUUCAAAAGUUCUAUUUUUGAAAUAACUACUUAAGGAGAAGGUUAUAUUGAAUUAAAAUCUAUUAUAAUUAAUACGACUUUAAAUAAUAUGAAAUCAACUACUAAUAGUUCAGGUUGUUUAAGUAUAAAUUCUUAGAAUAGUAAAUUUAAUCUUAUAAUCUCAGAUGCUCUAUUUUUGAAUGUUCAAAAUAGAAUGGCUUCUACAAUUCUUACAAUUAUUCCAUCAAAUUUACAGAAUUAAAUUCACAUUUAAAACAUAUAAAUUGAAAAUUGUAUUUCAUUGUGUAAUUAAAUUUUUAAAUUAUCAUUUUUAAGUUAAACAAUUUUCAAAAACUCUAUUACUAUUUAAAAUAUGAAAAUUAUUUAAAAAGAGAUGGCUUGGAUGGAGUAUUUUUCAAAAAUAGGAUAAUUAAAUUCAAGUGAAAUUGCAGAAAUCACAGGAAAUAAUAAUGCUAUUCUAAAUUUUGAUGGUAGUUAAGUUUUUAUAAAAAAUUUUAUUGUUGAAGGUUUAUAUUUUUCUCCUAUUUUUAAAGUAUUAGAUGCUUAAAAAUUUGUUUUAUUUAAUUGUUAAAUAUAAGAUAUAUAAGUUAUGUAUCCUUUUGAUCUUAUUCAUUAUAAUUAAAGUUAUUAAUUUAAAUCCUUAGUAUCAUUUUAAAAUUUGAAGAUUCUCAAUGUUUCUUAUUAUCAGUUCAAUUAAACUUUAAUUUAAAGAAGAACAUAAUAUAAUUACUAAAUUAAGGAAGGCAAUACAAUAAAAUAACAAAUAUAAUAAGAUUGGAAAUCUUUUAAUUUUGCUAGUAUAUUAUAUUUAUUUAAAGAAUAAAUCUAAUAAGGAAAAUCAUUAAUUUAUUUAAGUAGCAUUACAAACUAAACUCAAAUUUAUCUAAAUUUUGUUUAAGUUAACUUCAAUAAUUGUACAUAUUGUUCAAACGGUUUAAUAUUCUUUUAAUAAGAUAAUUUUGAUACAUUUUAAAUCUAUAAUUUUGACUGCAAUUUUAACAAUAUAUAAUCUUAUGGUUGUUUACAAUUUAUUUUAAAAAAUAAACCCUAAAAUUAUGUUAAAAUUAUCAAUUCACAUUUUUUAUAAAAUAAUGGUACUAAAGGUAUAGCAAUAUUAGGAAUAAAUGCUUCAUUUUAUUUUAAAUAAUGUUAAAUAAUGUUCAAUUAAGCUAGUUAAUCAGGUGGAGGACUAUAUUUUUAGUUAAAUGGUCAUAAUUUAUUUAUCAAUCAAUUAGCUGUAUUAUAUAAUAAAGCAAAAGAAGGAGGAGGAAUAUAUUUAGAUGGUGAUAAUAAUUUAAAUGCUCAAAAUUUAUUUAAUUUUUAUUUAUAAUUUAAUAAAGCGGAAUCAUUUGGUAAUAAUAUAGUUGAAAGUCCAACACAUUUAUCAUUAAAUAUCAAUAAUAUGGAAAUGAUGUCAUAAAAGUUUAUUUCUAAUAAAACUGAAAUAAGAAUUUUGAAGAUGGAUCCUUAUUUUAUUUUAGAUUAAGAAAUUAAAAUAUUAACUCCUUAUUUAAUGAUUCCAAGUAAUUAAUAAUUGUAGUAGUAUAAAAUUUAUCUUCCAAAAAAAUAAGAAUCAUUACCUUAUAUAAAUUAAAUAUUUUUAACACUAAAAAACAGUAGAGAUGAACUCUUAUUAAGUUUUAAUAAUCCAAAAUGUAGUAUAAGUUAAACUAUUGUAUCAAAUACUUCGAAUAAAAUAUUUAAUACUCCGUCAAAUUUGACAUUAGAAUAUGAUUUAUAAAAUAAUAAUUUUGAUUUGAAAGGAUUGUUUUUUCGAUUUGAUCCAUAUAGUCAUAAUGGUAAUUAUUUAUAAAUAAAAUUUAACUGUUCAUCUGAAACAUAAUAGAAAUAAUUAUAAUAUUUGAUUAAGGCUAGAAGUUUUAAAUGUCAACUAGGGGAAAUACAUUUUGAAAAUGGAUGUUAGAUUUGUUAAUCAUAAUAGGGAUUCUAUUCUGUUUAAUAUGAUUAAUAAAAAUGUUCAACUUUUGAUAAAUAAAAAUUUGCAGAUAUAACAUCUAAUAAUAUUAAAUUAUUAGAAGGUUAUUGGAGACCUCAUUAUUUAUCUGAUGAUCCUGGUUUCUGUUUUAAAAAUCCUAAAUUUUGUAUAGGAGGAUGGGGAGUUGGAAAUUAAUUAUGCAAUAGAGGUCAUAUAGGUGCUCUUUGUGAAGAAUGUGAUAUCUAUAAUGUAAAAGGAGAAGGAUAUUAUUUUAAGAAUUUAUAGAAUUCUGAAUGUUAAGCUUGCUUUGAAGAUUAUGAUAGUAUAAUUCCUUUUAUAAUCACUUCUCUUUGGUAUAUCAAUAAUUAAAUAUCAAUAUAGGUCAUGCAUCUCAGUUUUAUUGACACUUAAAAGUAUAGCUAAAUCUAAUUCAUUAUUCGCAUCUUUAAAAUUAAGAGAAAAACAAAGUAAAAUCAUAUUUAAAUUAAGUCAAGGUAAUUAUUUAUAUGAUUUAGAUCAUUAAAGCAUACUUAUAAAAAUGUUUCUCAAUUAUUUAUGGAUUUAUACAGUGAUUUUUACUUUUAAUAUUAACUUUUCUUUUUCCUUUAAUUUUAUAGAAAAUGGGAGCAAUACUUCAUAUUUUAUGGCAAAUAAUUUUGAUUGCUACCUUUCUGAAUAUUUUAGAUUGGAAUUAAUAUAUUCUAAGGUUUUUGCUAUGUGGAUUCUUAUAAUUUAUUAAUUUAUCAUUAUUGUUUUAGGUUCUUAUAUUUAUUUUAAAGUGAUUAAUUCAAAAUUUAGAUGUAACAUUAUUUCACACACUUCCAUUUGUUUAUUUAUAUUUAAUUAUGCAGGAAUUAUAAAAAUGUAAUAUCAUUAAAUAUUUUAGGUUAAGUUCUAUUCUUUCAAUUAGGAUAAUAUCAAAUCUUAAAUAUAUUUAAGGUGAUGUAUCCUUAAGAUAUGAUACUGAGGCUCAUUAUAAAUGGAUUUAUUAUUUUGUUAUUCCUAAUCUAUUAUUUUUUGGCUAUUUAAUUCCUUUAACUUUAUUUGUUUUUUUGUAUGCUUAAAGAAACAAGUUAGAUUCUAUUAGAUUAAGAGGACAUAUUUGUUAUUUAUUUAAUGAAUAUAAUUAAAACAGCUAUUUUUGGGAAUUAAUUAAGCUAUCAAAAAAAGCUAUAAUGAUUUUUAUUAUAACUUAUUUUGAAACAAAUAUAUCCUUAAAAGCUACUUUAUUGGGGUUGUGUUUAGUGUUUUAUUAAUUAAUCGCUGUUAAAAAUAAACCAUAUAUCAUUUCUAAGUUUAAUUCUUUAGAUAUAUAUUCUGAAUAAUUAUGCUCUAUCUCAAUAUUUUUAGCAGCUGCAAAGUAUAUUUGUGAAUAAUAAAAUGAUCAUUUUUUAUCUAUUGCACUUUAAGUUUGCCUUAUUAUUUGUUGCCUUCGACUUUGUUAACCAUAUUUGGUUGAUAUUUAUAAAUCAUAUCAUAAAAAAUAUAGAGUUCCAUUCUUAAAAUUAUUAAACAAAUUCCUAAAAUUAAUAAAGUUUAACCAUAUCAUAUAAUGUUUAGAUAAUAUUUUAAUUUAAGAAUAGCUUAAAGAAUUAUAAUUAAAACGUAAUCUUAAUAAAUUAAGAUCCUUAGCUAAAAGUUAAGUUACAAAUAAAAGGUAUGAUUACUUAUAAUUUUAGAUUAAUAACAUCUUAAUUUAAUUCUUAAUGGACUUACAGAUUUAGAUAAAAUAGUCCUGAUUUGGAACAUAAAUCAUUAGUUCCACUUGUAACUGAUUGA